CUCAAACCUCUACCUCUACGUAACGCGUCCGGAUACACAAGGAUUCAUAAAAUGAACGCGGAAUCGCUCGAUGGACGUCUACUUUUCGCCAUCCCGAAGAAAGGGAGGUUGCAUGAGAAGUGCCUUGAGCUUCUAUCUGGCGCCGACAUCCAGUUCCGCAGGCACCACCGUCUAGACGUCUGCCUGGUGAAGAAUCACAACAUCGCACUUGUCUUCCUGCCUGCGUCCGACAUCCCAUCAUUUGUUGGCAAGGGAAACGUUGACCUCGGUAUCACCGGUCAAGACGUCAUCUUGGAGGCGGAGAUGGAGAACCAUGUCACGGAGGUCCUCAAGCUCGGGUUCGGGAAGUGCUCGCUGCAAAUACAGGUUCCUGAAGCGGGCCCCAUCAAGACCGUGGAUGAUCUUGCGGGAAAGCGAGUGGUGACGAGCUUCGAAGUGCUCUCAGGCCAGUACUUCCAGAGGGUGGACGAGCGGUUACAGCUCGCGGAUGAGAAGCGGACGCAGAUCGAGUACGUUGGCGGGAGUGUGGAGGCGGCAUGUUCGCUCGGCCUGGCGGACGGGAUUGUUGACCUUGUCGAAUCUGGAGACACCAUGCGCGCAGCCGGACUGCACGCGAUCGCGACCGUUCUUGAGACCGAGGCCGUCCUCAUCAAGUCGAGCACACCUAAACACCCCGCGCUCGAGCCCCUCAUCAAGCUCAUCACGAGCCGCAUAGCGGGCGUUGUCGCCGCGGGCCGGUACGUCAUCUGCGAAUACAAUGUGACCCGCGCGCGACUGCACGACGCGACCGCAAUCACGCCCGGGCGCCGAGCGCCGACAGUCAGCCCUCUGGAGGAUGAAGCGUGGGUCGCGGUGAGCUCGAUGGUAGAAAAGAAGAAGGUCGCGGAUGUAAUGGACGAGUUGGUCAAGAUUGGAGCGGAAGACAUCCUGAUCUUCAACCUCGACAACUGUAGAGUAUGACGUGUAGACUACAACCACGAUACUGUAGCAAUUACUCUCUAUGUUCCCUUGCAA